CGCGUAUGUGCACGUUUGCGAGCGCUUGUGUGUCUGUGUGUGUGUGUGUGUAUGUUCGUGUGCAUGUGCGUGUGUGUGUGUGUAAGAAGCAGAGGGUAACCGAUCAGUGACUGUCAAAGAGAUACCAACAUGACCAUGUGCCAUAAAUAUAUUUACAUACAGUAUAUUUCGUGCAUACUAAUUAGUUAGUACUUAGGGAGUUUUACAGGAUUCAUACAUCUGAGCUUGGAUAGUAUUGAGUUUCUAAUUGUGCAUGUUCAGUUUUCUCUGUGUUGAGUCAAUCAAGCAAUGACUCCAAGAAGCGUAAACAUAUUGCUUUUGAUGUGUCUUAUGUCUGUGUCAGGUGUGCACUGUGGACCCAGUGUGAACUACCCCUUUAAGAGAGUCUGUGGUCUUAAAGGGGCAUCAGUGGACCUGCCCUGCACAUAUGACUAUCCUUGGGGUCAUAUUUAUAUAAGAGGGGAGUGGUAUAGAGAGAGGAGCGGGAGAGUCAGCUCAUACAACAACCCUAAAUAUCCUGACUGCAGCCUGAAACUGAACACACUUUCAGAUGAAGACUCUGAUGUUUAUCACUUUCGGUUUUACACAAGCCUACACCCAAACUGGACUGCAAGCAAACCUGAAAUCAGACUUUCAGUCACAGAUGUACAACUGCAAGUGGAUCCUACAACAGCUACUGAGGGAGAGAGAGUGACACUGACCUGCAGCACUGCAUGUGCCCUGACUGAGAACCCCACCUUCACCUGGUUCAAGAACAGACAGCGCAUAAGGAACCAACAGUCCAGCAGAGACACCAAGCUGCAUCUAAGCCCCGUCAGCAGUGAGGAUGCUGGCAGUUACUCCUGUGCUGUUGGAGGACAUGAGAAUCUCCCCUCCUCAGCCAUGGCCCUCAGUGUCAGAUAUGCCCCAAGAAACACCUCAGCAUCGGUCAGUCCCUCUGGUAACAUGACGGAGGGCAGUUCAGUGAACUUCACCUGCAGCAGUGAUGCCAAUCCACCUGUGUCUAACUACACCUGGUACAAGAGCAGUGGAAAUGAAACCAUUCUCAGAGGCACUGGGCCACAUCUGAAGCUCACUUUGGCCUCUGGCGAUGGUGGAGUUUACCACUGUCAGGCACUCAAUGAAAUGGGCUCCCAGAACUCUACUGGGGUAGAGGUCAUUUUAGUAAAAGGAGCUGAAAGUCCCAUUUCACUGCCCAGAUUGGUUUGCUCGCUGCUGCUGACCUCUCAGUAUCUGCUACUGACUGUGAUGCUAGUGGUUAAAUACUACAGGGCCCAAGGGGAUGGCAAUGAUGACAAGAGAGAAAAUGUUGUUGUGGAGGCCUGAUUCCAUAUCUUACCAGGAUGACUUGCUGUCUGUAUGAUAAAAUCAGUUGUAUUUCUAUUUCAAGUCAAAAUAUAUUUAUAUUUAUAUUUAUAUUUAUAUAUCUGCUUAUGCUCUUCAGUAUUUUACAUACUUUAAAUUUGUAUGCA